UAUUGAAUGUCAGCAAUGGUGAAGAAGGGUCUUUCUUCAAAUGUGGAUAUUUAUGAGAGGCAACUUGAGGGCCUUAAAAAAACCUGCACGUUGGCUUUAAGUCUCAAUGCGGAACUGACGAAGAAAUUAAUUCUACCAGUAAUUAAAAAUACCGCCGAAGUUACGACAAGUGAAGAAGUGACGAUAGAGAUUGCGAUCCAAUUGAAAAAUUUGGUUCAGAUAUACCACGACAGAGCGUUCGUCUCGGAGAUCAUGGUCAUUCUUUAUGGCCUGUGUUCAACGGACGAGCCCUUGGUAAUAGCAAAUGUUGUGUCGGCCAUACAAAAAACGUCGGAAUACUUUGCUAAGGAACAGUUCAAAGAUGAGUUACUGCCCAUAAUACAGAAAUUAUGUACACAUGAGUGGUCCCUGCAGAGAUCUACAGGGAUAUCUCUUAUUAGUGCGACGUACGGAGACUUCGAUCAAGAAAGCAAAAAUUUGUUAAGGUCUAUUGUCGUCGCAGCCAUUCGUCAGGAUGAUCCCCUCAUUAGAAAAGCUGCUGCCGAAUGUUUAAUAGUGUUGGCACCUCAAUUGGAGAAAGAAGUGAUCAUAGAGUACACUGACCUUCUCUAUAACUUGUGUAAUGACAAUAUAGAUUCAGUGAAACUAUGCUCCAUUUCGUUAAUAAUAGCCUACGGAAAUAAAUUAUCAAAGCCGGAAUUUGAUGAAUACGUAAAACAAUAUUUGGAUGCACUAUGUGCCAGCUCAUCCUGGAGAGUACAUCAAAUGCUUGCCAACAAGAUAUCGGAACUGCUGCGUUGCUGCGGUGGUUCCGAUAAUUUACUGUACACAACAAAUCUCCUAAAUAAACUGCUGACACACACGGAAGUUGAGGUGCAAAUUGAGGCGUCCAAAAAUCUGCUGAAGUUCUGCGAAGCGGCCAAAGAAAAUUGCGACAGUAGUGGAAGAAAUUUCGACGUGUUCUUUAAAGAGUACUUCCAAAAUAUUAUCUGUGAAAUUAUGCACGAAGCGAGAAAUUGCGAGGUAAAAAUCGCCCUGUCCAAAGAUAUUGUAAGCUUCGCGAAAGUUUUAUCUGACAACACAUUCAGGCAGAUAAUUCUGGCAAACUUGAUUGAGUGGUUGCAAAACGAAAGCAUAAUGUCCGUUCAAGAGAAUGUUCUGUUAAACUUGAACAACAUUCCUAAGAACGUAGAUAUCAGUGAUCUGAUAGAGCCACUUCGCACGGUUAUAACAAAGGUUCUGGUGUUGUCUGGAUUGAAUUGGAGGGCUCGCAGGAACCUCGUGAUAGCUUUUAGUUACUUAACGAAGACUCUUCCCAAGGAAUCUUUCGAUGAUAAAUUUAAAAUGUACUAUUUGAAGCUGGCGAAAGAUAAAAUUUUUGCGGUGCGAAGAAGCGUACCAAUGAUCAUGCCCAUAUUUGCCAAACAGUACGGCUUUGAGUGGCUAUCCAAGUCUUUAAUACCUCACUACAUGGUUCUUUCCGACGAUAGCCGUUAUUUAUACAAUUACUUACCUAUGUAUUGUAUGAAUGAGCUAAUAUUUCCAACGUUAGAAGAAAAGGGCGUCGUUGCCCGCAAGUACUUAUCGGAAUUCCAAGAUUUGAAAGAUUCGCCUGACGCCAAAAAGGGACUGUAUAAAGUGCAAAUACUUUUUAAUAAAAUUAAAGCUCGACUUGGAAGUGAGCAUUUCCAGAAGGUGUUGAAAUCGGAUCUGCCCGAAUAUUCUACAAGCAAUGAUAUGCAAUUGUACGGCGAAGAAACCUGCAAAAUUCUGCAAAACAAAUAUCGUGACAAUUUUUACUCCAGAAAAUGUUCUCGUACAUGUUCAUACAUCGAAGGUAUUCUUACAUCAAUUUACAAAAUUUUCCUGGACAUCCUGACGGUUUUGUCCGACUCUAAGGUGGAAAAUACAAAAAUUUACUCUAAGUAUACCAUUAAAAAUAUCAAUAAAUUGCUGGAUUCGGUCCAGGCAGAAAUGAACCAAUCAUGGGUGCAAGAAGUCCUGGGGAAAUUAUCGGCGGAAGAGAAGCAACAAUUUGAAGAGGAAUUAGAAAACUAUUGUAAGGAGAAGUUUAAUGUUGAUAUGGAUGAAGUUGAUGACGUCAAGAUGUCUGUGUCAUUUUUGGGAAACAUAAGGUUGGAUGAAAUAUCGAGCAGCGACAUUGAGAAAACUAUGUUCAUGGAUCUGGAUGAGGCUGACUUCGAUCUUGUUGAUAAUAGCUAUGCAACGACUGAUGACAGUACUACAAAUGAUGAAACUACGUCCGUUAGUUAUACUGCAACCAACGAAAGUAGUAAAGUCGAAGGCGAUACUACUGAUGGUAGUGAAGCCAUCAAUCACAAUGAAUCCGAUAACGAUGGUGCAACUAAUAAUGACGCUAGUGACUCUGACGAUAAAAUGAGCACUGACGAUAAUGAAAUAAACGAGGAAACUGUAAGUAAGGGUAGUGGCGAUAGUAAAAUCAAUGAAAAUAGUGAGAACGGUGAUGAUAAUAAAAGCACUGACGAUGAUAAAGUCAAAGAGGAUAAUAAGAGUAGUGAUGAUAAAACCGAUGAAAUUGGUAAAGUCAACGAGGAUAGUAAAGUCAAUGAAGAAGUUGCCAGCAAUGACAAUAAUAAAAUCAACGAGGAUAAUAAGAUUAGUGGUGAUAACACCAAAACUGAUAAUGACGACAAUGAUAAUAAUAGUGAUCAUGUUGAAUCUACUGAUAAUAAUAAAAUCGAUGGUGAAAUAUCUAUCAACUGAUUACUGAAGAGGAUGAAAUGUAAAAGUAUAAAAUGGGUUAAAAAUAUAUUAUAAUUUAGCAAAUUAUUAAUCAUGUAGCAAUAAUAAAAAGUACAUAGGACAUCUACUCAUUUAUUGCUAAAUAAAUAUAAAUUAAUUAAUAUAAAAGAAUAUUUUUUUAUUAGAUAAUAUAUAUGAAUGUUGUUUAAUAUACAUUACUUACACAAUAAAUUGAUAACUCAAUGUUUUAUAAUUAAAUAAAAAGGCAAACUAUUUCA